GACUGCAGCUGGGACUUCGGCGUAAGUUCCGAUCCAAGUCACUGUGACUAUAAUGACUGUGCAGGUCUGCGAGAGUCUUAUCUCAGUAAACCGUGCAGGUCUGCAAGUGACGUGGAAUACGUGACCGACAGCUGCGCUGCGUUGUAACGUCAGAGGUGGUCACAAUACCGAAUGUCGAGGUCCUCGAGCCGGCCAGGCAACGGGAGUCGUUUAACUGAAACAUUGGCAUGUCUUAAGUAGUGACAAUCAGGCAAGAUGGUGGUGAAAGAGUUAUACUCCAUCUUGGUCUCUGUGGAGGGGAUGACCUGUAACUCCUGUGUGCAGUCUAUUGAAGAUAAAAUUGGGAAACUUCAAGGUGUAUACAGUAUAAAGGUCUCUCUAGAAAGCAAGAAUGCAAUGAUAUUCUUUGACCCUACCUUCCAGACUACCGAAAGCCUUAGAGAAGCAAUUGAUGAUAUGGGAUUUGAAGCUAGUGUCUCCGUUUCAGCUGUCUCUCAAGUUAUACCCACAGAAACAAGCCUUUUCAAUUUGGGAAUGUUACCCAGUUCCUACCAAGAGCAAGUGCUCAAAGAGCUAUGCCAAAUAAAAGGUGUUUUAGAUGUUAAGAUAACUCCUGAACUGAACAAUGUGGCAGUAACAUUUAUGCAGACAUUUAUAAAUGCCAGUCAAAUUAAAGGACUUUUUCAAAAUUUAAUUGAUGCUUACUUAAAUGAAGGUAACUCUGAGCCAAUUGAAGGUUCUAAUUUAGUUUCUACAAAUGAAGUCACACUAAAAAUGAAGAUAGAGGGCAUGACAUUUAUGUCCUGUACUACUACUAUUGAAGAAAAGGUUGGAAAGCUAAAAGGAGUCAAGAGCAUUAAUGUUUCUAUGAAGGAAGAAGGAGCAACUGUUAUUUACCAACCACAUCUCAUUGCAGAAGAAGAGAUACUCGGACACAUAUCUGCAGCAGGCUUCAAGGCAUUCACUGAAAAACAACCUUUGAAGUCUGAGCUAAAACCUAAUUUUGAGUCUAUAAACAAUACAAAACUUCCUGACACUCUAUCUUCAAGACUAAGCCCUAAAAAAGACAAUAGUAUUUUAUCAGUUGUUCUUCAAAUAGAAGGCAUGCACUGCAAUUCUUGUGUUGUCAAUAUCCAGAAAAAUAUAUCUGAACUUUGUGGUGUGAACAGUGUUCGUGUCUCUUUAGAAGACAAGGCAGCUACAAUCAGAUACACUCCAAAAUUGUUAAGUAUAAAUAGUCUAAAGAAAGCUAUUGAGGAUCUUCCUCCAGGAGAAUUUAAAGUAGUAAGUGAACAUAUCAAUUCAUCUGUCUCUGAGCCACAAUUCAUAAACAGUUCAAGUCAGCCCUUGACGUCUACAGCUGUUGUUUGUAUAGAGGGAAUGACCUGCAACUCGUGUGUACAGUCUAUUGAAGAAAAGUUGUCAAGACGGAAGGGUGUGCGGUCUGCAAAAGUGUCUUUGAUACACCAGAAAGGUGUUUUUGAGUUUGACCCAAUGGUAACUACACCAGAAGAAAUAAGGGAUGCAGUAGAAGACAUGGGAUUUGAGGCCUUCCUUCCUGAUAAUCGACCUUCAGAUUCAGCAAACAAACUCCAGUCAAAGGUACCUGUAAAUCAGAAUUCAGUGGUGUCAAGCCUUCCAGGUGCAUGUCAGGAAAGUGAAGUACCUGGUCCCUCGGUACCUCUAAUCUGUCAGAGCAGCAGUAAAGAGCAGCAAACAGAAACAACAAAGAAGUGCUUCAUCCAGGUGACAGGAAUGACCUGUGCUUCCUGCGUGGCCAACAUUGAAAGAAAUCUCAAGAGGGAACAUGGUAUUUACUCAGUUUUAGUAGCCCUUAUGGCAGGGAAAGCUGAGGUGCGUUAUAACUCUGCAAUUAUUGAGCCUCUGGGUAUUGCAGAACUAAUCAAAGAACUGGGCUUUGGUGCUUCAGUAAUUGAAAACUAUGAAGAUUCUAGUGGACAUCUGGAACUCGUGAUCAGAGGAAUGACCUGUGCCUCAUGUGUUCACAAAAUUGAGUCUAAUUUAACAAAAGCCAAAGGUGUAUUGUAUGUUUCUGUUGCACUAGCAACCAACAAAGCACAUAUCAAGUAUGAUCCAGAAGUUAAUGGUCCUCGUGAUAUAAUGAGGUUAAUUGAGAACAUGGGCUUUGAAGCUUCCUUAGCAAAAAAGGAUCGCUCUGCAAGUCACUUGGACCACAGGAAAGAAAUAAGACAAUGGAGAAGAUCAUUUUUUGUGAGCCUGAUAUUUUGCAUUCCGGUAAUGGGACUAAUGAUCUAUAUGAUGAUAAUGGACCAUCAGUUCUCAACUCAUCAUCACCAUAAUGUUACAGGAGCUGAAUUAAAUGAGUUUCAUUCAUCAAUGUUUCUGGAAAAACAACUCCUUCCUGGGCUGUCCAUAAUGAAUCUCAUAUCUUUUUUAUUCUGUGUCCCUGUUCAGUUUGUCGGUGGAUGGUAUUUCUACAUUCAAGCAUAUAAAGCCGUGAAGCAUAAGUCAGCAAACAUGGAUGUGCUUAUAGUCCUUGCAACCACAAUUGCUUUUGCUUACUCCUUUGUAAUUUUGUUGGUUGCAAUGAUUGAGAGAAAUAGAGUGAAUCCCUUAACAUUUUUUGAUACUCCUCCUAUGUUGUUUGUAUUUGUCUCCUUGGGAAGAUGGCUAGAACACCUGGCAAAGAGCAAAACAUCUGAAGCUCUAGCAAAGCUGAUGUCUUUACAAGCUACAGAGGCAACUGUGGUUACACUAGGACCAAAUAUGGCAGUUCUUAAUGAGGAACAUCUUGAUGUAGAAUUGGUCCAUCGUGGUGAUUAUGUCAGAGUUGUACCAGGUGGAAAAUUUCCAGUGGACGGUAAAGUAGUUGAUGGUCACUCCAUGGCUGAUGAAUCUUUAAUAACAGGUGAAGCCAUGCCUGUUACUAAGAAGCCUGGCAGCUUAGUGAUUGCAGGAUCCAUCAACCAACAUGGUGCUCUUAUUAUUGAAGCUACCCAUGUAGGAUCAGAUACAACCUUAUCUCAAAUUGUCAAGCUGGUGGAAGAAGCACAGACAUCAAAGGCUCCAAUCCAACAGUUUGCAGACAAGAUCAGUGGUUAUUUUGUUCCAUUUAUUGUUGUUGUUUCUGUCAUUACACUUCUAGCUUGGAUUGCUGUUGGAUUUGCAAACUUCAAGAUUGUUGAAAAAUACUUUCCUGAAUAUGUCACUAACAUUUCUCGUGCCGAAGUGGUGAUCCGGUUUGCUUUUCAGGCUUCCAUUACUGUGUUAUGUAUUGCAUGUCCAUGCUCCUUGGGCUUGGCAACACCAACAGCUGUAAUGGUGGGCACUGGAGUUGGAGCACAAAAUGGGAUUUUAAUCAAAGGUGGAGAGCCACUUGAAAUGGCACAUAAGGUGAAAACAAUUGUCUUUGAUAAAACUGGAACAGUGACUCAUGGCAUACCAGUAGUGAUUCAAAUAAAGAUCCUGAUUGAAAGUAACCACAUGCCACGUACUAAAUGGCUUGCAAUUGUUGGAACAGCAGAAAGUAACAGUGAACACCCUCUUGGUACAGCUGUAACCAAGUACUGCAAGCAGGAAUUGGGCGUUGAAAUACUAGGAACUUGCAGUGACUUUCAGACUGUUCCAGGUUGUGGAAUCAGCUGUCGUGUCAGAAACACUGAGGUGCUUUUCUGUACUACAGAUGACAACAUUGAAGAGAAAGAUUCCAUGAAUGCUCUUUUAGUUGAACUGGAAAGUGGAAAUAAUGAGAGACAAAAAGUUUCAGUCAGAAAUUUUGAAAGUUCAACUAAACAAUUGCCAGAAUCUAGAACAUACCACGUACUGAUUGGAAACCGUGAAUGGAUGAGAAGGAAUGCACUUCAGGUUAAUAGAGAAAUUGACAGUUCCAUGAUAGAACAUGAGUCUAAGGGUCGCACUGCCAUUCUUGUUGCCAUUGAUGGUGUGCUAUGUGGAUUAAUAGCAAUUGCAGAUACAGUUAAACCUGAGGCUGAACUAGCUGUACUUGCGUUAAAAUCCAUGGGCUUAGAGGUGGUGCUAAUGACUGGUGACAACUGCAAAACUGCCAGAGCUAUAGCUUCACAGGUUGGCAUAACUAAGGUUUUUGCAGAAGUCCUACCAUCCCAUAAAGUCGCAAAGGUCGAGCAACUACAGAUGGAAGGAAGGAGAGUUGCUAUGGUUGGAGAUGGAAUCAAUGACUCACCUGCACUUGCAAUGGCUGAUGUAGGAAUUGCUAUUGGAACGGGAACUGAUGUUGCUAUUGAAGCUGCAGAUGUAGUAUUAAUCAGAAAUGAUCUCUUGGAUGUGGUUGCAAGCAUUGACUUGUCAAAGAAGACUGUCAAAAGGAUCAAAAUAAAUUUUGUUUUUGCUUUAAUUUAUAACCUUGUUGGAAUUCCAAUUGCUGCAGGAGUCUUUCUCCCAAUUGGCUUGAUGUUGCAGCCGUGGAUGGGCUCUGCUGCAAUGGCUGCUUCAUCUGUUUCUGUAGUUUUGUCUUCCCUUUUAUUAAAACUUUAUAAAAAACCCAGUCCUGAGAAGCUUGAAAAAAGAGUUCAAGGGAAAGUGAGACAAAAGAGCCUCUCUGAUAUCAGUGUCCACAUUGGCAUUGAUGAAAGAAGACAUGAAUCACCAAAGCUGAGUUUGUUGGACAGAAUUGUUAACUACAGCAGAGCCUCCAUAAACUCUUUGAGAUCUGAUAAACGAUCUCUGAACAGUAUGGCACUUAGUGAGCCCGACAAGCAUUCUCUUCUUAUUUGUGAUGGUCCAUUUGAAGAUGAGAUGAUAUGACUAAUGAAUGUCUACACCAUUUCAGAAGUAACCAUGUGCACUAAAUUCUGCAUGUACAAUUUUUAUUGCCUUUUGAAAAGGCAUGUUGGAGUGUCACCAAAAAAUAACAUCCUGGAUGUUCAAAGGGAUUUCCUCUUUUAGGUGACUUGUUGUUAGGAUCCUCCAAAGAAUGCACUGCAUUGUGAAGCCUGCAUAGCAAUACAUAAUAUACUUUAUGUGAAUUAGUAUCUCAUGCCUAGUAAGGAUAAAUGUUGGAUGCUGGGACUGGUGGUUAAAAAUACAGUUUGCCUCAGGCAGCAUUAUUCCACAUGCCGGCCCUUUAUGUAGGGGUAAAAGCUGGCCAUUGGAGAAGGUGAAUGGCAAGACUAAGGAGGAGGAUGGGAGCAUGCACUUAUAACGCAUUGCGACACACAUGACGAACCACCUGGAUUGGGACCCGAUAGCAGUGGGUGACACCUCAGCACCGCACUGGAACAGUGUGAGGUUUCUUCUGUGGCUAGAAAGCCAGUCCUGCAACCAACCCCCAAGUUUUCCCU